AUCAAAUUAGUUAAGAAUUUAAAAGUAAAGGAAUUACUUUCAUUUUUAGAGAAGCUAGUAGAUUUGUUGGCAUCGAAAGCGAUUGAUAAGUUGAGAAAGACCUGAGCUAACCGACACACCGCGACAAAAUGGAUCGCCCCUCGAGAUCUUGUCGCACCCGCAAAACCCUAACCAAAUCUGAACUCCACUCCACUGUUGUCAUCCACUCUGGCUCCGACUCCGACUCCGACUCCUGCUCCGACUCUGACUGUGAUGCACGCAAAUCGCAAAUGGACCCUUACGCCACAAUGCUCUACAAAGACGAUCCCAUGGACGACGACGACGAUGAUUCAUCCUUACCUCCACUUCUCAAACGCCUCCCUAAAGAUUUCGGAGGCAGCGGUGGCGCCUUAACUGACGACGACCACGCCGAUGAUUUCGGAACCAUGAUCGUUAAAACCGGCUCUCGUCAUUCCUCAUCUGCGUCCAAGCCCCCUGCCUCAAUGAGUCCGAAGACGAUGAGGAGGAUAGAAAUGGAUGAUGACAACGAUGGUGAUGGUGGGGAAGGGUUUGGGACAUUCGUGGUGCGGUCCACGACGUCUAGGGAGAGGGAUGGCAACGGGAGUGUUGUGAGGAGGGCAGUGGCGAGCAUGGAGGAGCUGGGAUUUGGGAAGCAGAGGACGUCAGGUUCUGCUUCCGCUUUGCAAGGAGAGGAGAAUCGAUAUCAUCAGAAUACUAAGGUCUCCUCGAGUUCGAUUCCUGAUAGUGUCACCAGAGAGGAUCCGUCCACUAAGUAUGAGUUGCUUCAUGAGCUCGGUGAGAUGAUUAAUUUUUCUUUUGGUUUUAUCAUUACCGAGCGUACACUUGUGUCACAAACUUAUGUCCUGCAAAUUCAGAUGGGGCUUCAGGAAAUUCUGGACUUUUGGUUGUGCGUUGGAACUAUCUUAUUUAGAUUUAGAAGGAACUUUGUUAGCAUUUAUUUUUCCUCUUUAAAGGAAACGGACACUCACUUUGGAUAUGAGAUGGCAGGAAAAGGGUCAUAUGGGGCUGUUUACAAGGCUAGAGAUGUUAAAACUUCAGAGCUUGUAGCUAUCAAAGUAAUAUCAUUAUGUGAAGGGGAAGAGGGAUAUGAAGAGAUUCGUGGUGAAAUUGAAAUGUUGCAGCAAUGUAGUCAUCCAAAUGUUGUCCGUUACCUUGGGAGUUAUCAAGGGGAGGAGUAUCUUUGGAUAGUGAUGGAGUAUUGUGGAGGUGGUAGUGUUGCCGAUUUGAUGAAUGUUACCGAGGAGCCUCUGGAGGAGUAUCAAAUAGCAUAUAUUUGUCGAGAAGCCUUGAAGGGCCUUGAUUACUUGCACUCAAUUUUCAAGGUCCAUAGAGAUAUUAAGGGUGGCAAUAUCUUGUUAACUGAACAAGGGGAGGUCAAGUUGGGUGAUUUUGGGGUCGCUGCACAGUUGACAAGGACCAUGUCAAAGCGUAACACGUUUAUUGGCACUCCACAUUGGAUGGCUCCCGAAGUUAUUCAGGAAAGUCGUUAUGAUGGCAAGGUGGAUGUAUGGGCCCUUGGUGUUUCUGCAAUUGAAAUGGCUGAGGGGCUUCCUCCGAGGUCAGCAGUGCAUCCAAUGAGGGUUUUGUUUAUGAUAUGCAUUGAGCCGGCUCCCAUGCUUGAGGACAAAGAAAAGUGGUCUCUUGUCUUUCAUGAUUUCGUUGCUAAGUGCCUUACAAAGGAUCCACGUCUACGCCCUACUGCAUCUGACAUGCUAAAGCACAAAUUUAUUGAGAAAUGCAAAUAUGGAGCCUCUACAAUGCUGCCGAAGAUUGAAAAGGCAAAGCAGAUUAGGGUUGCAAUGUCUCUGCACGCACAAACUGUGGCUCCCUCUGUUUUAGAAGAUAAUUCGCUGGCAGGUCCAAAGUUGAAUGAGGAUUAUGGAGACACUAUUCUAUCAAAGCCACAUAAAAUUGGUUUUCAAAUUGAAGGUGAAGCAGUUGCAGUUAGCACUUUGAAAAAGUAUCACAUUUCAGAUGAUGCAGAACUGGGUGGAAAAGGUGAAUUUGGCACUGUAAUAGUUCACAAUGGGGAUGAGAUGGAGAAGUCAUUUGAAAAGACACAGUGUCAGAAUGCUACAAGGCCUUUAUCUACUUCGGAGUAUGUUGAAAGCCCUUCCAAGAAUGCUAUUGGCGACAAGUCUGCUGAACGCUGUUUUACAGUUGUAGAAUCACACUACGAGACCAAGCAGACAGCUCCUUCAAUUCCAUUCUCAUCUGUGCAGAAACCAAGAACAAAUAACCCUCCUGCACAGAGUAAAGAUGGUACUGAUAUAAGCUGUAGAACGUUGAAGAAUGAAACUGUCAGCAAAAAGGCUUUCGCUUUGCAAGACAAGCUCUGGUCAAUAUAUGCAGCUGGCAACACGGUACCCAUUCCAUUCUUGAGGGCAACUGACAUAUCCCCAAUUGCUCUCUUAUCAGACAAUGUGCUGGGAAACAUGCAGCAGGGUAGUAAUCAAACUGUUGCUGUGGAGGCACUUCAGGAACUUUUUGCUGGUGAUGGACUGUCAAAGAGAGCUCGAAGAGUACAAAAUGAGAUGCCUCUUCCUCCAAGUGUUUACCAAAGACUGACUUCGAGCUCUACGUUAAUGAAUCUUGCACAGGCUUUGGCUUACCACAAAAUGUGUUAUGACGAGAUGCCACUUCAGGAGUUGCAGGCAACACAGGAGCAACAGACCAUUCAAAAUUUGUCUGAUACAUUGCGGUCAAUUCUUCGCUUGUAAAUGGUAAAUGCUGAGGAAGUAAUUGUUUUGGUUUUUUUUUUUUUUUUUUCGGCCAUCAAUUAGUUGGUUUGGUUUGGUUUGGUUUAUUUAUGGGUUAUUUGUAGUACUCUUCCACUAUAAAUAUGAUGCCGUAUGGCAUGCACUAGUGCUUCCUUUUUUUUCUUUUUUUGUUUUUUAAUAACAUUGGAGUUCGUUGAAUUUUGAAGUUGCAUGUGUAUUGCUCUGAUAACAAAUAAAAUGAAAUGGUGCAU